GGGGCAGCGUAGACCAGAUGCUGCUUGACUAGUAUCAUCGUGCUACCGCAUUUUUUGUGUGUGUCUGUAGCAUAGACUGGUCUGUAAUCGUGCAGCAACGAGGCAAAGGAAGAUGUGCGGAAGGACCGCAUGCACCCUAGCGCCAGACGAAGUUUGCCGUGCCUCUCGCUACCGAGACCGAGCGGGGCAACGUCGACAACCGAGAUGGAAGGAAGAGGAUUCUGACAAAUACCGACCCUCCUACAACAAAAGUCCUCAGUCCAUGAGUCCCGUCUUGCUAUCCCUGAGACAUUUUGAUAAGAAUGCCCCAGUUGACGAGUGUGUGCUGGCAGCAAUGCGUUGGGGCCUGGUUCCCUCCUGGUUCAAAGAAAGUGACCCAAGAAAGGUGCAAUACAAUACCAACAACUGCCGCAGUGAUACAUUGCUAGAGAAGAAGUCGUACAAGGAUCCCCUGUUGAAAGGGCAGCGGUGUGUAAUUCUGGCCGAUGGCUUUUACGAAUGGAGAAGACAGGAGAAAGACAAGCAGCCGUUCUUUAUAUAUUUUCCACAGGUACACAAGCAGGAAAAAACCGAGGAGCAGGAGGCCCUUCAAAAGGAAAAUACACUGUGCUCUCUAGAGGAAGACAAGGAAGAGUGGACAGGGUGGAAGGUUCUAACCAUUGCUGGGUUGUUUGACUGCUGGAUGCCCCCAGGUGGUGGAGAUCCGCUCUACACCUACACUGUCAUCACUGUAGAUGCAUCCCCUAACCUGCAAUGCAUUCAUGACCGGAUGCCUGCUAUUUUGGAUGGAGAGGAGGAGAUUAGAAAAUGGCUGGAUUAUGGUGAGGUGAAGUCAUUAGAAGCCCUUCACCUGCUUCAGUCUAAAAACACUUUGACCUAUCAUUGUGUCUCAUCAUUGGUGAACAACUCACGCAACAACUCUCCUGAGUGCCUGAAACCUGUGGAUCCUCAGAUUAAGAAGGAGCCCACAGCCAGCAGUAAAAUGAUGAUGAGCUGGCUGAAGGGUAGCAAAUCCUCCAAGAGGAAGGAGCCAGACUCUGAGGAGACCAAAGAGGAGGAGCAUAUGGGAGCUCAUAACCUCCCUAUAAAGACCAGUCCAGAGAAGAAGACCAAGCCUGCAGGGUCCCUCCAGCAGUGGCUGCAGGGAGCUGGCAAGAAGCCACGGACUAACUGAGCAGGGCAGAUUAUUCAUCUUAAUUUAGUGCAGGGCUGUCCAAUCUUGUUCCUGGUGAGCUACCAUCAUUCAGGUUCUGUUUCCAACCCCCCUUUGUCAUGUAUCCAGCGGCCUACAGCACUGUAGCUUUCCAGUAACAGGGCUAGUUAGAGUGCCCUAUUUUAUUAAACGUAUAUAUUUCCGUAGGUAAACUAUGAUGUGCAAGGCCAUGUCAGCCUAUGGAAGGUAUGCAUUUGGUCUGUUAAAAGUUUGUACAAUAUUAAAUAAAAACAUUUUAUUCAAGAAUUGUUUUAUUAUCAUUAUUACCUCAAACAUUGCAAAUACUUUUUCAAAGAAUGUAGAUGCAAUGCAUUUACCAUUUUAAGAUGAAUCCUUACAUUUCGCCCAUGGUUUUACAGUUUUCCAUAAGAUGCCAUUUAAUUUUAAAUGAAACAAACAAUAAAAGAUCAGAUCUGCUAAAAUAAAAUAUCAAGCACUUUAAUUGUUUGUCAACUUGAGCUAUCGGCAGAGAUAUGGACUUUGGCAAAGACAUGCUGCUUGUCAUUGCCAUAAAUUUGAAAGAGGUUUACAGAUGAACAAAGUCUUACAACAGUUGAUAGAGGAAAGAGAAGACCAUACAGAGGAACUUAAUAUGACUAGUGGUCACAUUCAUGUUACAGAAACACCUUGUCACUUCCCCAAUUGUACCAUGUUAUACAUCAUGGAGGGUCUUUCUUUGUACCUCUCAUGUUAAACCUCUGAAUGUUGACCAAAAAUGAUUUACCUUCCAAACUGAGGCAAAGCGUCAUUUUGACCAUUCAGAAACAGCAAACGACUAGUUUGUUAGGGUAUCAUUGAGGUAAAGGAACAGUGUACCACAUUGCUACAGCUUUGAGCUGAAAUACUUAAUUUUGACUUGGAUUUCAUCUGAAGUCUUUGAUUGUGUUUAAAUGAAAAAGUGCUAAGGUAAUGCUUCAAACAAAACAGUUUGUCAGAGUUGCCAUUUCACUUCCAAGCCAAUUAUCACUUGUAUCUGUGGGUUGCACA